GACACUGGUGCCCCGGGGUCCAGAGCGUGAAACGACACCCGAGCCAUGGCCAAGGCCAACUCGUGCCUCGACAUGAUGAUGCGGCUGCGCGUCGAGGACUUAAGCGAACUCAAGGAGGCCUUUGACUCGCACGAAGGCGGCGUCGACCUUUGCAACUUUGUCAGCGUCCUCCUCGACAAGCUCGAGUGGACCGACGCGACGGUCGUCUCUCUUAUUUACGAGCUCAUCGAGCUCUUUCACGAGAUUGCGAUUCUGCGCCAUGGCAAGAUGCUCUGGGACGACUUUACGAGCGCGCUCAUUGACGUCGGCAUGCGUACGUCGGUCGACGAGCUCGCGUGGCGCGACUGGCGCUACGAAGAAAACAGCUUGUUCACCGACGACCGCAGUCGCCAGCCGCGCUGCGUGCAGUACAUCCCUGAGCUCAAGCGCAUCUUUGCCUUUGAGAGCUCGCGCCCCGUGAUUCAGGUGUUUGAUCCGUCGGCGAUUCUGGCCGCCGAGAGCGGCGCGAUUGAGCAGAACGAGCCGCCGCGAACGGGAGACCAGCCGACGACGCCAGCGUUCACGCUGCCGCUCUUGCACGAACUACACCCGCUCUGCUACCAACACGGCUACCGCAAGGACCAGGACCAAGUGCGCUCCGAGCGCAGCCCCGUGCAGGUCAUCAAGUACCUCGCAAGCGUGGAUCUGCUCGUGAUCGCGGCCGGCGAUUUGAAGCUGACAUUUUGGCAGCCCAACGCGCUCUUCAUGACCGAGGCGCCCGAGCCCGUGUACGUUGCGAGCACGGAGCACCCGCAGCGUGUUCUCGAGUGGGCGCCCGCGGCGUCCCGCCUCUUCUCGCUCGCGACCGACAAUGCGAUUCUGGUUUGGCGCGUGGUGGCCAAGAGCAAGAAGUCGUGCAGUGCUGUGUGCACGGACGUGCUGCGCUCGCACAAGGACAUGGCCCAGGACCUGCUGCUCGUCAACGACGAGACGCUCGUGUCCUGCGGGAUGGACUCGCUCAUCAAAAUUUGGGAUCCCGCGAGCUUGGAGUGCAAGAGCACCCGGCGUGGCCACAAACGCGGCGUCCGAAAGCUCGUCAAACACUCGGACUCGGUGUUUGUGAGUACGGGGUUCGAGCGAGACAUGCUCGGGUGGGACGUCUCAGGGCUCAGCAUCGCGCCCAUCUUCAAGCUCUCGGGACACACGUCGCCGAUCCUGUGCAUUCAAACGAUCCCGCAACUCGGUCAAGCCAUCAGCCUCGACGACGAAGGCUACUUUAAGUGGUGGAACAUGACCAGCCUCGUGUCCAUGGACGACAACGACCGGUGUCUCCAGACCUUCCGCUUUGGCAACGGCCAGUACCCGUGGAAGCCCAACGCGUUUACGCUCUUCACGACCGGCGCCACGAUCCUCGCGUCGGGCUUCCAUUUGAAAUGGAUCCACCGCGUCCGGCUCAAGCCCAAGCACUAUGCGUCCAGCGCGAUCUUGUUGAACACGACCACGAUGACGCUCCUCACAACGACCGACCGUGACGUUCAGAUUUGGGACGCACAGAAAGGGACGCUGUUGCAUGUGUUUCGCGGCCUCUGUCGUAGCGACAUUACGCACGUGGUCCUGGACGCCCGCGAGCGCAAAUUCGUGCUCUCAACGCUCGGCGGCGACGUGCUCGUCUUCAACUACCUCAACGGCGCGCUUCUCAAGAGCUUCCCGCGCCACUCGGGCCAAGUGUCGUGCAUGCUGUACUGCAAGGAGGACGAGGUCGUGCUCACGGCGUCCUGGGACCGGUCGCUUCGUCUCUACGACGACGACUCGAAGAAGCCCCUCAUGCGCUGCAUUGCACAAGCCCAUCGCGCCGACAUCAAGUGCAUGGCCUACUCGUACCACCUGGGUCUCGUCGCAACCGGCAGUGCCGACGGCUCGCUCAAAAUCUGGGACUAUGUCUACUUUCUACUGGAGCAAGCGUACAGUGAACACAGCGUCGAGGUCAACGCCGUCGCGUUUCUAGACCCGCACCCGAUCGUACUCAGCGGCUACGAGAACGGCAUGAUUGUGCUGCACUCGGUUCGACCUGCAGCGCAUCCCACGCGUCUCUGCCAGUUUUCCAUUGAUAGUACGAGUCCCACGGCCUCUGUUGCGACCUUGGACACACUCUACGACCCGUUCGGCGGCGACGCCGUCGCCGAAGGCAUCACGAGCGGCCGACAGCUCGUCUAUGUGGGCGACUCUAGCGGCAUGCUUCGCUGCUGGGACCUCUACCCCGUGCUGCGGCAGCACCAAAUCGCCGCCGCCGACGAGUCGCUCUUGCCGCACACGUCCAAGUCGUACAACCCGCGGCGCCGCAUCGAGCGGGACGGCGACGACACUGCCGCAACCGUCGACCGAACAACGUCGGCGCCAAUCGUGCCGGCGCCGCCCGUGACGAGUGCGUGGCAAGCGCAUGCGAUGGCCAUCAAGUGCGUCACGCUCGUCGAGUCGCCCGUCGCGUGCAUUUUAACCUGCGCAAUCGACAAGACAACCAAAGUCUGGAGCUUGGACGGCACGCUGCUCGGUGUCCUCGGCAGCGCGACGUGGCACCUCGCCAUCAACACGACCGACGCCGCGGCGCAAAAGUGGGCGCACGCCAGCGCGCUCUGGGACGACCUCAAAGCGGUACCUUUGAUUGUCCUUUUCACCUAA